CAGCGAUCAGUUCAAUUUCAGCUUUGGUAGAAGCUUACGUUCUACGAUUCUGUACUUGGUUUAUAGCGGGGAAUUCAUUCAACGACAUCGGGCUUUUGGUAAAAAUCAUACACGUCUGUUGAGAUUGUUCGCAUUUUCGCCAUAAAAAUGAGAUUAGUGUAUAUAACCUGCGUUUUAUUAGCUACGGCAAUUUGCUGCAUCGCGGCUGAUAAUGCUGCUACAACCCAAGGAGAUACUAAAUCUGUCAAUCAGCAGACAGUGGAUCUAGCCAAUAGUACUGCACCUAUUAAAAAUUCCUCAAGUUCUGCUGCUCCAGUUAAGGAUUCUAUUAAGGAUUCUAGUACAAAUGUAACUAAAAAUGCUGAUGUCAAUAACAAUAUUACCAGUACCAUUGCUACUACUCCUGCUACUACUACUGACACCACUAUUGGUAACAAAACAAAAACUGAUACUGCUCCUGACAAUGAUCAUGGUACAGAAUCCACCAAUUCAACAACAACUACAACAACUUCAACAACUUCAACACCUACAACUUCGUCAAUAACAACCAAACAAACACCUACGCCUGAAAAAUCUACAUCUACGACUAUAGUUACACCUACUACUAUGAACAAUACAACACCUAUCGUUUUAUCAACACCUAUAGUGCCACGACACUUUGAUGGAACCAGCUUUCUUGGUGGUAUCAUUUUAACUACAGGUUUAAUAGCAUCCGUAUUUGCCACCUGGAAAUUGUAUAGAAUAUACAAUGAACAAAACUACCGCACGCUAUGAUACAGAUAUCGCGAAAAUUCCAUUUUCCAAUAAGUAAAUGCAGUCGUUUGAACUGGAAACUAUGAAUUUUACCAUAAUAAUAUUACGUAUUUUUAUAACGCACUUAAGUGUCGCGGGGUUUAAGUGCUCUUAGUGAUGUGAUGUGCAACCGCGAAUUUCGUUUCUUUGUACCCAAUUACAAAGACGAGUUACAAGCAUUAUAGUAUUGUCUCUUCGUAUGUUCGCACGCGCAUUGUAAUAGCGUUUAUAUUUAUGAAAAAGAAAGAACGAAAAGAACGAAUGUGCAUAGAAGAAAAGGAAAAAGUAAGAGAAUCUUGAGGACGUGAGAGGAGAAGAGAAAUAGAAAAGCAAAUAUAGUAUUACUAUGCGCAUGCGUAAUUUGCGUACGCAAGUUGACGACCAAUCAAAUACACAUUCCAUCAAAAAGAUCAAUUUUGCACUAUAACAAGUCCACGUAAUAUUUUCUGCUCAAAUGAAAAUUAUUUCGUAAAACUCUUUCUUUUAUUUUUCUUUUAUUUAACUCGUUUAUCAGCUGUUGCCAUACGUAAAAACAAUGGUUAAUAUAAUAUAAAAACGAUGAAAUGUACACAGAUAUAAAGGUUCCUAUGUGUAUAUUCAUAGUAAGAACAAAAUAUGUAAAAGGAUUAAGUAUGAGACGUUUAAAAGAGUUCGAUUAAAGUUUAAGAGAUUUGCACAUAAAUAAUGAUAUGAUAUAAACGAACUCCGGUAUGACAUAUUUCCUAUGGUUAUAUUCAAUAUUACUUUUCUCACUAAGAUGAUAUUUAAUUAUUAAUUUCGGGUGUGAAGAAUAUUUUAUAUUAUAAAGGUAUAAGGGUCGUUCGUACGUAUAAAUUAUAGAUGCUCCUGUACAUGCCUUCAUUAAAUAAUAUUCUUGUUGAGGAAUUUUCGUACGAGUCAAAAAAGAAAUGAAAGUUUUUAGUUUCGAUUUUUGUACCUGUUGGGAGACAUAGUGAUUACAACAAAUGUUGAACUUGGUUUUUGGCUCAUAAAGAAAUGUAAUAUGCUAACUAAUAUUUUACUUAAUAUAAUCGUAUGAUACGUUUUUCAUUUAUAUUUAGACUUUUUUCUUUCUUUCUGAUACGAGUAAAAUGUAUAGAGAUUUAGUUUUUGUUUAUUUCAUUCCGUUAUUCCUUCUUUUCUUUUUUUAAAGUAAGUAUUUUAUUUUUAAAAGAAGGUAAUUAAAUUACCAAUGUGACGAUAGAUGUACCGUAAUCGAUAAUACAGGCCCCUAAAGCUCCUUCUAUAGUUUCGAAUAUGUUUCUGAUACGUUUAAUAUCAUCGGGUAAAAAAUUUAAGUGUUUACAUAUAGAACGAUGGUUUUCUCGUAAGAGCUUUCCUAUAAUGUACGUUAUGAAUAUUAAAUCGAAGUUUACAGAGAGACGUAACGAGAGUUGAGUUAUUUUUAAGGAAACAUGUGCGGUACAUAAAUAAACUAAUUUUGAAACAUAUUAAUUGAAUAUGCGACCUGCUAUUAUAAGAAAAGAUACCUAAAUAUAUAUAUUUAAAAAAAACUACAGCCUAAAUAGUGUAUUGUAUUUACAUUCCGUGUAAUAUUUUAACAAGCUAUGUAAAAUACUUGCUUAUAUGAAUUAUACGAUAUUAAUACUACGCAAUGGCAAAACAAAA